ACUUCGUAUUGGGCCAUGCAACUUCUCUUACUGGAAGAGCUGGGAGCGUCCGCUGCGUUGGGAACAAGAAGGUAUUCUUGUUCGCUAUUUUCCGCCCGUCGAAUAAGUUUCCCUUUGCCGUUGGUUGUGGUCGUUGACAUUGUAAUCCACGCAACGGUUUCUCGAUGUACAUCUUGGUUAGCCAGCCGAGCCAUUACAUUUUGUCGAACGCCAAACAACAACCAAUUUAUUUCAAACACCUUCCAUCUUGCAGGUGCCUUUAAACCAAGAAGGUGUGAAUUAAGCAGAUUUACAUUUUCCACCAUGCCUUUAGCAAGUCAAGCUAGGGUUUACGCAGAUGUAAAUUUGCAUCGAGCAAGAGAAUACUGGGACUAUGAAUCACAUGUCAUUGAAUGGGGUGAACAAGAUGACUACCAACUUGUGAGGAAACUAGGCAGAGGCAAAUACAGUGAAGUCUUUGAAGCCAUUAAUGUUGUUACCAACGAAAAAUGUGUUGUAAAAAUCCUUAAGCCUGUCAAAAAGAAGAAGAUUAAACGCGAAAUAAAAAUUUUGGAAAAUUUGCGAGGUGGCACCAACAUUAUUACUCUACAAGCGGUGGUUAAAGAUCCUGUGUCAAGAACGCCGGCAUUGAUUUUCGAACAUGUCAAUAACACGGAUUUCAAGUUACUUUAUCAGACAUUGACGGACUACGACAUUCGGUUCUAUCUGUACGAGUUGUUAAAAGCGCUGGAUUACUGCCACAGUAUGGGCAUCAUGCAUCGAGAUGUUAAACCUCACAACGUUAUGAUCGACCAUGAAAACCGUAAGCUUCGGCUAAUUGACUGGGGCCUGGCAGAAUUCUAUCACCCUGGGCAAGAAUAUAACGUUCGAGUUGCUUCAAGAUAUUUCAAAGGACCAGAAUUGUUGGUGGACUAUCAAAUGUACGAUUAUUCCCUUGACAUGUGGUCUCUUGGCUGCAUGUUAGCUUCAAUGAUAUUUCGCAAAGAGCCGUUCUUCCACGGUCAUGAUAACUACGACCAAUUGGUUCGUAUUGCCAAAGUUUUGGGUACAGAAGAACUUUUUGAGUAUCUUGACAAGUAUCAAAUCGAACUAGAUCCACGGUUCAACGAUAUCCUCGGCAGACAUUCACGCAAAAGGUGGGAACGUUUCGUCCACAGCGAAAACCAGCAUUUGGUGUCGCCUGAAGCCUUGGAUUUUUUGGACAAACUUUUACGGUAUGAUCACCAGGAGAGGCUCACAGCGCGUGAAGCCAUGGAUCAUCCUUAUUUUUACCCCAUUGUGAAAGAACAGAAUCGACUGGCAAGUUUGUCAACCUCUCCGACACUCUUACCACCUGGAACGUCGGUAGGAGGCGGUUCGAGUGGAUUAGCUGGACCAAGCGGAGGUGGACCUUCACAGUAGGAGUCAUCGAGAGACAGUUGCCGUGUAGUUGGCUGGGAAAAAAACAAUUUUACCUGCCAACUAAUAGCGGCAUGAAACUGGAAGUUGUUAGUGAAGAGACGUGCUUGUUUCCCCAACAGCAAAAAUCAUGCGAAGAAGUGAAAGGAGCUAAAUAAAUGCGUUCUAAUUUCAUGACUGUGUAUAACGGUUUUUGCAUGAAUUGCAUCCUCGCCGGUUGACUUGAGAUUCCGAAAGCAACUGCUAUUAAACACGUGUACAGUCUCUUAUAAUUUCUUGCAGUAUCUUUUUCCCUUUGUUUAAAAAAUUGUCUCCUCUUCCACCCAUUUACUCUCCCAUUCAACCAUCAUGCCAUUCUGUGUAUAGUGCAUGAAACCUAAUGUUUGAAUUGUUUUUCCGGAAAUGAUGAGUACCACAAACAUUCGUCCUCCCAUUAAUCCGCCCUGCCAAGUAAACGUCCGCUUUUAUCAUCGCCGGCAUUGAACAAGAUUGGCAUUUCUUGUAUGGAAGCUUGUAUUUGGCAUUUUUUUGCAUUCUGAUUCGAUCGAAUGAUUCGUCUCAUUUCCUUAAUUCCUCAAAUUCAUGAACAGUGUAAGCUAGCGAGAUGGAAGCUUAGAUUACGUUUUCUACUACUAAACAGCUUUGGGUUGGAAGUCCUUCCCCAUUUAUAGAUAAUUUUGGGUUUGAAUUUUAAAGGGAUGUAGUAUCUAAUCGUAUAUCAUGUAAUAAGUAAUUGUUCAAUACAAUCUUCAGUUUCGCA